CCUUGAGAGAAAGAAAGACAAACGCAGUCGCACCCAAACCAUAGCAAAGAAGCGUUUUUAAUCAGACAUUAACGCAGUCUCUCUCUAGAUUCCUUUACACGUGCGUGUAAGCACCAGCAAUCAGGCUUCGGUGGUGAUCGCGUGGGUCGAGUACUGAUGAAGAAGAGACUGGCUGAUCGGCUCCUGCAUCGUUUUACUAACCAUGAAACCGCUUCAAACGCCGGCCACCACUGGUUGACAGAUCAAGGUACAAGUGGCCCUAUUCAUAGAAAGGAUCACAGGAUGCCCUCUCAAGGUGUCAAGCUGCAUAUCCAUGACAGAUAUGUUGUGAUGGACAAUGGAAUUCUCCAAGUUACACUAUCAAACCCAGGUGGAAUCAUCACCGGCAUCAAGUAUAACGGCGUUGACAAUGUGCUCGAAGUUCGUAAUAAGGAGACUAACAGAGGGUACUGGGACCUGCACUGGAAUGAACCUGGAGGCAAGGGAAUAUUUGAUGUCAUCAGUGGUGUGAGUUUCAGGGUCAUAGUCGAGACUGAAGAACAGGUUGAGAUCUCAUUUCUAAGAACAUGGGAUCCAUCCCUUGAGGGAAAGUACAUUCCCCUGAAUAUCGAUAAAAGGUUUAUAAUGCUUCGUGGUUCUUCUGGAGUUUACUCAUACGCCAUUUAUGAACACCUCAAGGAUUGGCCUGGGUUUGAACUUGGAGAAACAAGAAUCGCGUUCAAGCUCAGAAAAGACAAAUUCCAUUACAUGGCUGUGGCAGAUGACCGAAAGAGGAUAAUGCCUUUUCCAGAUGAUCUAUGCAAAGGAAGAUGUCAAACUCUAGAUUACCAGGAAGCUUCUCUGCUCACUGCUCCAUGUGAUCCACGCUUGCAAGGCGAAGUAGAUGACAAAUACCAAUACUCGUGUGAGAAUCAGGAUCUCAGAGUACAUGGAUGGAUAUCCUUCGAUCCACCUGUAGGAUUCUGGCAAAUUACGCCCAGUAAUGAGUUUCGCUCAGGCGGACCACUCAAACAAAACCUCACGUCACAUGUUGGCCCAACCACUCUUGCAGUGUUUCACAGUACCCAUUAUGCCGGAAAAACCAUGAUGCCUCGCUUUGAAUACGGUGAGCCUUGGAAAAAAGUAUAUGGCCCUGUUUUCAUUUACCUAAAUUCCACAGCCAAUGGAGAUGAUCCACUUUGCUUAUGGGACGAUGCUAAGAUAAAGAUGAUGGCUGAGGUUGAAAGUUGGCCUUAUAGCUUCGUGGCAUCUGAGGAAUAUCCAAAGUCUGAAGAACGUGGCACGGCCCUUGGUAGAUUACUUAUCCGUGACAGGUUCAUAAGCAAUGAUCUGAUUUCAGCAGCAGGUGCUUAUGUGGGUUUGGCUCCACCUGGUGGUUCUGGUUCUUGGCAAAUUGAAUGCAAGGGAUACCAAUUUUGGGCGGUAGGAGAUGAGGCUGGCUAUUUCUCAAUAGGGAACGUGCGUCCUGGCGAGUAUAAUCUCUAUGCCUGGGUCCCCGGUUUCAUUGGAGAUUACCAUAACGGCACAAUUGUUUCUGUGACUUCAGGGUGCAAGAUUGAAAUGGGUGAUAUCGUUUAUGAACCUCCGAGAGAUGGACCUACCUUAUGGGAUAUUGGUAUCCCUGACCGAAAAGCUUCUGAGUUCUUUAUCCCAGAUCCUGAUCCCACGCUUGUAAACAGGGCUUUAGUCCAUCAUCAAGACAGGUUCAGGCAAUAUGGGUUGUGGAAGAGAUACACAGAUUUGUAUCCAAAUGAUGACCUUGUUUACACUGUUGGUGUAAGCGAUUAUCGCAGAGACUGGUUCUUUGCUCAGGUUCCCAGGAAGAAAGGAGACGUGCAUGAAGGAACAACUUGGCAGAUUAGGUUUAAACUUGAAAACAUCGAUCAAAAGGCGAAUUACAAACUGAGAAUCGCCAUAGCAUCUGCAACCUUAGCCGAGUUGCAGAUUCGAGUCAAUGAUGCGGAAGCAGUCCGCCCUCUCUUCACAACCGGACUCAUUGGGAGAGACAAUUCAAUAGCAAGGCAUGGGAUCCAUGGGGUUUACAUGCUGUAUGAGGUGAACAUACCAGGAAACCGGCUUGUCCAAGGUGAUAACACUAUAUUCCUGAGACAGCCAAGAUGCAAUGGUCCCUUCCAAGGGAUUAUGUACGACUACAUUCGUCUUGAAGGCCCUCCAUAACUUACUCUGGAAUUACAUUGCAUAUUAUAUGUAUUGAUGUAUGUAUGUCGAAUUUAUCAAUUGACACUGACACGAAAGAUGUAACAACUGAAUAAUAUUUGAUAUGCAAACCUUAAAGACCAAAAUUCUGACAAUA